CGGGCAGCGGCGCCGUGCCGUCCGUCGGGCUGUCCGUGCCGAGCCGUGCCGAGCCCAGCCGUGCCAGGAUGCCGGGCCGCACCGUGUGGCGGCUGGCGCUGCUCGCCCUCUGCCUGGGGGCCGCGGCGGCGGGGGGACAGCGCCGCGGAGCCGGCGGCAAGAGCCGGCGGCAGGCGCAGACCCAAACCACGUCUCUGCCGCAGGGCACCGCCGCGCAGGGAAAGCAGACCUGCUAUGACAAUGGACGGUACUAUCAGAUAAACCAGCAGUGGGAGCGCACUUACCUGGGAAACACUCUGGUCUGUACCUGCUACGGUGGGAGCCGGGGGUUCAACUGCGAGAGCAAGCCCGAACCUGAAGAGACCUGCUUUGACAAAUACACUGGAUCCACUUACCGAGUCGGGGAGACCUAUGAGCGCCCCAAGGACUCUAUGAUCUGGGACUGUACUUGCAUUGGAGCUGGGCGUGGGAGAAUCAGCUGCACCAUUGCCAAUCGCUGCCAUGAGGGCGGCCAGUCCUACAAGAUCGGCGACACGUGGCGCCGGCCCCACGAGACGGGCGGCUACAUGCUGGAGUGUGUGUGCCUGGGCAACGGCAAGGGCGAGUGGACCUGCAAGCCUGUGGCCGAGCGGUGCUACGACAACACAGCCGGGACAUCCUACGUGGUGGGGGAGACGUGGGAGAAGCCCUACCAGGGCUGGAUGAUGGUGGACUGCACCUGCCUCGGUGAGGGCAGCGGCCGCAUCACCUGCACCUCCAGAAAUCGCUGCAACGACCACGACACCAAGACCUCCUACAGGAUUGGGGACACCUGGAGCAAGAAGGACAACCGUGGGAACUUGCUGCAGUGUGUCUGCACUGGGAAUGGCAGAGGGGAGUGGAAAUGUGAGCGGCACACGUCCCUGCACACCACCAGCACUGGCUCUGGCUCCCCCAGCAUCACCAACGUGCAGACGGCGCUGUACCAGCCGCAGCCCCAGCCACAGCCCUACGGCCAGUGCAUCACCGACAACGGCGUCGUCUACUCCGUGGGCAUGCAGUGGCUCAAGACGCAGGGCAGCCAGCAGAUGCUGUGCACCUGCCUGGGCAACGGAGUCAGCUGCCAGGAGAUAGCCGUGACCCAAACGUACGGUGGCAAUUCUGAUGGGGAGCCCUGUGUGCUGCCUUUCACCUACGACGGGAGGACCUUCUAUUCCUGCACCACUGAGGGCCGCACGGACGGGCACUUCUGGUGCAGCACCACUUCCAACUUCGAGCAGGACAGGAGAUACUCCUUCUGUACUGAGCAGAACGUUUUGGUCCAGACACGUGGUGGCAAUUCCAAUGGUGCUCUGUGCCACUUCCCCUUCCUGUACAACAACCGCAACUACACCGACUGCACCUCCGAGGGACGGAGGGACAACAUGAAGUGGUGUGGGACCACUGAGAACUACGAUGCUGACCAGAAGUUUGGGUUCUGCCCCAUGGCAGCCCACGAGGAAAUCUGCACAACCAAUGAUGGUGUCAUGUAUCGUGUUGGGGACCAGUGGGAUAAGCAGCACGACAUGGGCCACAUGAUGAGAUGUACCUGUGUAGGAAAUGGCCGUGGAGAAUGGACCUGCAUUGCCUAUUCACAGCUCAGAGACCAGUGCAUUGUGGAUGGCAUCACCUACGACGUGAACCAGACGUUCCACAAGCGUCACGACGAGGGGCACAUGCUGAACUGCACCUGCUUUGGCCAGGGCCGGGGGAGGUGGAAGUGUGACCCUGUUGACCAGUGCCAGGACUCGGAAACCCGCACCUUCUACCAGAUUGGAGACUCCUGGGAGAAGUACGUCCACGGGGUCAGGUACCAGUGCUACUGCUAUGGCCGUGGCAUUGGAGAAUGGCACUGCCAGCCUCUGCAGACCUACCCAGGGUCUACUGGGCCUGUUCAGGUGAUCAUCACAGAGAGCACAAAUCAGCCAAACUCCCACCCCAUCCAGUGGAAUGCUCCUGAACGCUCUCACAUCACCCAGUACAUCUUGCGCUGGAGACCGAAAAACUCAGGCAGGCAGUGGAAGGAAGCCACCAUCCCUGGCCACCGGAACUCCUACACCAUCUCAGGCCUGAAGCCUGGUGUGAUCUAUGAGGGACAGCUCAUCAGUGUGCAGCAGUACGGCCACAAAGAAGUCACCCGCUUUGACUUCACCACAACCAGCACCACAGCAGUGACCAGCAACACUGUUUCAGGAGAGACAACUCUCCUUCCUCCCGUGGUCGCUACUUCCGAAUCUGUCACCGAAAUCACAUCCAACAGCUUUGUUGUCUCCUGGGUUUCUGCUUCUGACACUGUUUCUGGAUUCCGUGUUGAGUACGAGCUGAGCGAGGAGGGCGAUGAGCCACAGUACCUUGAUCUCCCAAGCACAGCCACUUCUGUCAACAUCCCUGACUUGCUUCCUGGUCGCAAGUAUAUUGUUAAUGUCUACCAGAUCUCGGAAGAAGGAGAGCAGAACCUGAUCCUGUCCACUUCACAGACUACAGCUCCUGAUGCACCACCCGACCACACAGUGGAAAGUGUGGAUGACACAUCCAUUGUCAUCAGCUGGAGCAGACCACAGGCUCCAAUCACAGGCUACAGGAUUGUCUACGUCCCGUCUGUGGAAGGCAGCAGCACAGAGCUCAACCUGCCUGACACUGCCACCUCUGUGACACUCAGUGACCUGAUGCCAGGGGUUCAGUACAACAUCAGCAUCUAUGCAGUGGAAGAGAACCAGGAGAGCACUCCUGUCUUCAUCCAGCAGGAAACCACUGGGGUCCCACGCACAGAUGAGGUGCCUUCCCCCAGAGAUCUGCAGUUUGUGGAGGUUUCUGACAUCAAGAUCACCAUCAUGUGGACACCACCACAGAGCCAAGUGUCCGGCUACCGGGUGGAGGUGAUCCCCGUCAACCGCCCUGGCCAGCACGGCCAGAGGCUGCCCCUCACCAGGAGCUCUUUUGCUGAAGUCAUUGACCUGAUCCCAGGAACAACCUAUCUCUUCAAGAUCUUUGCUGUGAACCAGGGCAGGGAGAGCAAACCUUUGACUGGGGAGCAAACCACCAAGCUGGAUGCCCCCACCAACCUGCGGUUCCUCAACACCACGGAGCACUCGGUGCUGGUGCUGUGGACGCGGCCCCGCGCCAUCAUCACGGGCUACAAGCUAACAGCAGGGCCCACCAGAGGAGGGCAGCCCCGCACCUACAACGUGGGGCCCUCUGCCACCAAGUACCAGCUCAGGAACCUGCAGCCUGGCACCGAGUACACCGUGUACCUCGUGGCCGUGAAGGGCGACCUGCAGAGCAACAGAGAGACCGGGGUCUUCACCACCUAUCAGCCUGCUGGCUCUGUUCCUCCCUUUAACACAGAAGUGACUGAGACCUCCAUUGUCAUCACCUGGACACCUGCCCCAAGGAUUGGUUUCAAGCUGGGAGUGCGCCCGAGCCAGGGCGGGGAGGCGCCGCGGGAGGUGAUCUCGGACUCGGGCAGCAUCGUGAUCUCGGGGCUGACCCCCGGCGUGGAGUACACCUACAGCCUCACCGUGCUGAUGGACGGCCAGGAGAGAGACACCCCCAUCGUCAGGAGAGUCACCACACCACUGGCUCCACCGACCAGCCUGCGCCUCAGGUCCAGCCCUGACACCGGCAUCCUGAUAGUCUCCUGGGAGAGAAGCACAUCUCCAGGCAUCAGCGGCUACCGCGUGACCACUGCGCCCACCGAUGGGCAGCAGGGCUCUACCCUGGAGGAGGUGGUGGGUGCAGAUCAGACCACCUGCACCUUUGAGAACCUCAACCCUGGCGUGGAGUACAACGUCAGCGUCUACUCUGUCAAGGGUGACCAGGAGAGCGUCCCCAUCUCAGAAACCAUCACACCAGAGGUGCCCCAGCUCACUGACCUAAGCUUUGUUGACAUAACUGACUCGAGCAUCGGCCUGAGGUGGACCCCGUUAAAUGCCUCCGCCAUUAUUGGGUACCGCAUCACAGUAGUUGCGGCAGGAGAAAGUGUCCCCAUUUUUGAAGAUUUUGUGGACUCCUCAGUAGGAUACUACACAGUGACAGGCUUGGAGCCGGGCAUUGAUUACGACAUCAGCGUAAUCACGCUCAUUAAUGGCGGAGAGAGCGCCCCUACCACUCUGACACAGCAAACGGCUGUGCCUCCUCCCACUGACCUGCGCUUCACUAACGUGGGGCCUGACACCAUGAGGGUGACGUGGACUGCCCCGACCUCCAUCGUGCUGAGCGGUUUCCUGGUGCGCUACUCCCCCGCCAAGAAGGAGGAUGAUGUUGCGGAGGUGACGGUCUCACCCUCAGGCAACAUGGUCAUCUUAACAAACCUGCUCCCUGGCACUGAGUAUCUGGUGAGAGUCUACAGCGUUGCUGAGCAGCAUGAGAGCGCACCUUUGUACGGAGUCCAGAAAACAGGCAUUGAUUCCCCCACGGGCCUGGACUUCUCGGAUAUAACAGCGAACUCCUUCACGGUGCACUGGAUCGCGCCCCGUGCCACCAUCACGGGCUACAGGAUCCGCUACCACCCGGAGCAGGGCGGGGGCCGGCCCAAGGAGGAGCGUGUGCCCCCCUCCAGGAGCUCCAUCACCCUCACCAACCUGCUGCCAGGCACCGAGUACGUGGUCAGCAUCAUCGCCCUCAGCGGCAGGGAGGAGAGCCUGCCCCUGGUCGGCCAGCAGACAACAGUGUCUGAUGUUCCAAGGGACCUGGAAGUCACCCCUACAAGCCCCACCAGCCUCAGGAUUUCCUGGGAUGCUCCUGCAGUGACAGUCAGAUACUACAGGAUCACUUACGGUGAAACAGGUGGAAGCAGCCCAGUACAGGAGUUCACAGUGCCUGGCACUGUGUCUACUGCCACCAUCACUGGCAUCAAGCCUGGUGUUGAGUACACCAUCACUGUGUAUGCUGUCACUGGCCGUGGAGACAGCCCUGCCAGCAGCAAGCCGGUCACUGUCACCUACAGAACAGAAAUAGACACACCAUCCCAGAUGCAAGUCACCGAUGUCCAGGACAACAGUAUCAGCAUCAGAUGGCUCCCUUCAACAUCCCCAGUCACAGGCUACCGGGUGACUGCUGUCCCCAAGAAGGGACAUGGGCCCACAAAAACCAAAAAUGUCCCUGCAGAUCAAACUCAGGUCACUAUUGAAGGUCUGCAGCCCACAGUGGAGUACGUGGUCAGUGUCUUUGCUCAGAAUCAGAACGGGGAGAGCCAGCCCUUGGUUCACACAGCUGUCACCAACAUUGACCGCCCUAAAGGACUAACAUUCACUGAGGUGGAUGUUGAUUCCAUCAAAAUUGCUUGGGAAAGCCCUCAGGGGCAAGUCACCAGGUACAGGGUGACCUACUCAAGCCCUGAGGAUGGAAUCCAUGAGCUAUUGCCGGCCCCAGGGGGCGAAGAAGACACUGCUGAGCUGCAUGGCCUCAGGCCAGGUUCUGAGUACACUAUCAAUAUCGUUGCCAUUUACGAUGACAUGGAGAGCCUGCCCCUCACUGGGACCCAGUCCACAGCAAUUCCACCUCCAACAAACCUGAAGUUUACUCAGGUAACUCCCACCAGUCUCACCAUCAACUGGAAUGCCCCCAACGUUCGCCUCACUGGCUACAGAGUCAGAGUGAACCCCAAAGAAAAGACUGGUCCUAUGAAAGAAAUCAACCUUUCUCCAGACAGCACAUCUGCAGUCGUGUCUGGCUUGAUGGUAGCAACCAAGUAUGAAGUGAGUGUGUACGCCCUGAAGGACUCCCUGACCAGCAGACCAGCCCAGGGGGUGGUCACAACCCUUGAAAAUGUGAGCCCCCCUCGCCGGCCCCGGGUGACAGAUGUCACCGAGACAACCAUCACCAUCACCUGGAGGACCAAGACCGAGACCAUCACCGGCUUCCUGGUGGAGGCCGUCCCCGCGGGCGGCCAGAGCCCCAUUCAGAGGACCAUCCCCCCUGAGCACAGGAGUUACACCAUCACUGGCUUGCAGCCUGGCACUGACUACAAGAUCUACCUGUACACUCUGAACGAGAACGCACGCAGCUCCCCGGUGGUUCUGGAUGCCUCCACUGCUAUCGAUGCUCCUUCUAACCUGCGCUUCCUCACAACCACGAGCAACUCCCUGCUGGCCACCUGGCAGCCUCCCCGGGCCAAGAUCACGGGCUACAUCAUCAGAUAUGAGAAACCUGGCUCCCCAGUCAAGGAGGUCCUGCCUCGGCCCCGGCCCGGCACCACCGAGGCCACCAUUACUGGUUUGGAACCUGGCACUGAAUACAUCAUCUACAUCAUUGCUGUGAAGAACAGUCAGAAGAGUGAACCUCUGGUUGGCAGAAAAAGGACAGAUGAGCUUCCCACGUUGAUUAGCAGACCCCACCCCAACCAGCCCGACAUCCUGGAUGUGCCCUCCAUCGACGAGGGGACCCCUUACCUGACGAACAACAGGUACGACAACGGCAACGGCAUCCAGCUCCCGGGCUCCUCGGGCCACCCGCACACCGUGGGGCACCAGGGCCAGCAGGUGUUCUUCGAGGAGCACGGCUACCGGCGGCCCGGGCCCACCACGGCCGCGCCGCUGCGGCCGGGCUCGCGGCGCCCGCUGCCCAGCGUGGACGAGGCCAUCGAGAUCCCGGGCUACCAGGUGCCCGUGGUGGUGGAGCCGUCGUACCCGCACUCGCGCGGGCCGCGGCGCAACGACAGCGCGGGCCAGGAGGCGCUGUCCCACACCACCAUCUCCUGGAGGCCGCUGCUGGAGAGCUCCGAGUACAUCAUCUCCUGCCAGCCCGUCAGCCAGGACGAGGACACCCUGCAGUUCAGGGUUCCUGGUACUUCCUCCAGUGCCACGCUCAAGGGCCUCACAAGAGGGGCCACCUACAACAUCAUAGUGGAAGCCCUGAAGGAUCACCGCAGGCAGAAGGUGCUGGAGGAGGUGGUCACAGUUGGCAAUACUGUGUCUGAAGGAUUAAACCAGCCAGCUGACGACACCUGCUUUGAUACUUACACUGGCUCCUUCUAUUCCAUUGGCGAGGAAUGGGAGCGCUUGUCUGAAACUGGCUUUAAGCUCUGGUGCCAGUGUUUGGGCUUUGGCAGUGGCCAUUUCAGAUGUGACUCCUCUAAGUGGUGCCAUGACAAUGGAGUGAACUACAAGAUUGGGGAGAAGUGGGACAGGCAAGGGGAGAAUGGCCAAAUGAUGAGCUGCACCUGCCUUGGGAAUGGAAAAGGAGAAUUCAAGUGUGAACCUCAUGAGACCACGUGCUACGACGACGGGAAGAUGUACCACGUUGGGGAGCAGUGGCAGAAGGAGUACUUUGGGGCCAUCUGCUCCUGCACGUGUUACGGGGGGCAGCAGGGCUGGCGCUGUGACAACUGCCGCAGGCCCAGUGUGGAGGUGGCCCCCGAGGGCUCUGCUGGCCACACCUACACACAGUUCACGCAGAGGUACCACCAGGCCACCAACACUAACGUCAACUGCCCCAUUGAGUGUUUCAUGCCCCUAGAUGUACAGGCAGACACACAACAUCCACGGGGAAAGUAACAUCGAGCAAGACUCCUUGCGGCCAUGGCAACAGACAGACCAAAGCAUAAAUCCCUGUGUGCCACGAUUUCCAUCCAAACUGGAGUGAUGCUAGCAAAACUGCAUCUAGGGAGAAUGGCCCCCUGCUCCGGGGCCGUUUUCCCAGCUUAAGCUCAACUCACAGCUUCUCCAAGCGCCACUCUUGGAGUGUUUCAGACUUUUCUCAUGAUUGGUAGCGAUUGUCUUGGUUUUGCUCAAAGUGCUGAAUUUCCAGUCGAUAUUUUCAAAUUGAAAGGGGGCAAAAAGAAGGAAAAAAAAACAAGGGAGGAGGGGAGAGGUGACAAAUCACAAAUUUGGUGGGGGAUCAAAAUGCUACGGGGGAGGGAGGGUGUAUAAAUUCAGAGUUCCCCUGCUAGGCAAGAACAUUUGAGUACAACAAUACUGAGGUUUAGGGAUAGGAAAGUCCACCAAACACUUCUGCUUUCACAUAAGCAUGCAGCCAGCAAUAAGAUAGGAACAGCAAAUCCAAUCACUGUGAUAUUUAAGAUAUGCACAGUCCUAAUUCUUUCUUGAUGAUCCUAGUAUUUUUCUAGCUGUAUCUUUAUAUCUCAUACUGUUAUUUAUCAGUUUUGUUCCCCUGACCUUCAAGUGUUUUUAUAUGGGAAUAAAAUGUAUGGAAGACACUUAGUAUGCAGUUGACAAAAGAGGAAUUUGGUGUAAUUAUGAUCAGUGAUUAUUUUUAUACUGUAAGUGCCAAAGCUUUACUACUGUGGAAAAGAAAAAAAACCCAACUCUUUUAAUAAAAAGAUUUACAAACCAGA